GGGAGAGAGACCUUUCGCCAAUUUGUCCGCUCUUUCUCCCUCAGUCAAUUUGCAGGAAAGAUGAACGAGGUAAUUGCCCAGUAUCGUGGCACAUCAAACUUUUCAGUGAUUUCCCAGUCCGCCCUGGAAUCAGCAAAGAAACCUGCCCUUCACCAUGACCAGUUACAUCAUGUUGCCCUACCGGUCGCGCCACGUAAAGGACACGCCGCGCUGGUUGUUAUUGCGAUUCAGCCUCUAACCAACUCCGAGUGGCCCGGCUGUGUUUUCUUUGGCGUGGCCAUCAAAGCAGUGCAUUGUUGUUGCCGUGAUGUGCUCAAUGCCGUUUGCGAGCAGGCUGGCAUGAUCAUCGGCCGCGUCUACACUCAAAUAACGGUUGAUAUCUUGAAAACCGUCAAGGCGGCACAAGUAAUUCAAUUGCCAGUAGCUUGCCCUGUGCCACUCCAGUUCUUGGACGGAACGAGUCUUGGAAAAGAUUCGAUAGCCAAAGGCUAUGCCGAAACCCUCAGCAAGAAGAUCAAGAGUGGCAUCGAAAAGAUCAAGAAAUCUCUCAAGAAAGGGAGUUCUAUCAUCGAUCUCCUCACGGGGAAGACAUCUAAACCGGUGUGCAGGAGACAGGUUGACACCGAAGCUGCUUACGACGUUAUUGUGGGCUCAUUCUUAGAGGAUGCACAACGAUAUCAAGAGGACAUCACCGUCUCGAACUUCCGUGUGUGGUGUGCCAACUUCAGCGCUGGUGCUCUGGACAGCAUUGCCGAUUUCCUUCCACGGCGAUCAGUAGCACACUCGAUAACCCAAGUGAGCACACGGGCGGGUGCCACAAUCCGAAAGCACCGGCAGCGCCGGCGUGACCUGGCUCGAGUGGCCAACACGAUCGUCUAUCGACUUCCGAGUCACCCGCGGCUCAUAUAUGCUGCUCUCGGAGUUAAAAAUUACUAUUUUGUCUAUCGAGAUGGUCUUUCCGACGCCCAACUUGACUCCAUUGUAUCAUGGGUUCUCGUUGAUCUAAAAGAGGAAGAUUUGACGAUUUUGGAUAAAUAUCCAGACAUAUAUGGUCCUGUUCAAGCCAUAGGUGAGAGGACAGGGUUGAGCAAUAGCGAAAUUUCUAAGGCACUCUUCGAAAACACAUCACAAAUAUUAUCCCAAGUGGAUGGAAAAGGCCAGGCAGAUUUGGAGAAUGAAAGCGAAAAUGGGGAUGAAGAGUCGGACUUUGAAGAUGAGACUGAGGAAGAGGUGACCGAAAAUGGAGAAAUUUGCUCUUCAUUCACUCCCCGGACCAGUUUUUCGAGUUCACGUACAUCGCCACAUAACUCGAAUUGUUUUUCAGACACCGAUGAUCCCACCUUUCCUCAACCUGCUAUCAGCAACAUGAUCCGGCAAGGUGACGUGAUAAUCCCCGACCCUGUUUUGGGGAGAGUUGACGAGUUACUGGCUGCGGCUGCGCUACGGGGUAUGGUUGAUGAGUCGACGAGUAUGUCGAUGACCGUUUCAGAUGUCUUUCAGAACUGCUCCACAAGACAACCUCCUGUUGAUGAGGACCGAAGGCACGCUCCAGGAAAGGCCUCCCAACAGGAUCAAUUUACCGUUGGGUCGGGAGAAUUCCCUGGCCUAUCUCACGCAAUGAAUUCGGGCGACACUAGGGCUUUCGGCUCCCCGUGGGUAUCUGGGACGGCCUCCUUAGAUCAAUCCGACGAGGACCACACAGUCAUAAUCGACAGUUCGACGUCGAUCGCUGGCCAGAGGCACAUCAUAACUCCUUCUACGAAUAUCUUAAGCGUCCCAAUGACCAUGACAUCUACCAGCAUUUCCAACAAUAAUCGUGAAAACAGCGAUUCCGGACCGGUGCUAACUAAACGGCGUCGUGUCGACGCAGACACUGCCGACGGGGACCCAGGUUUGAUGGUCCCCUACAUUAGGCCGUUCAAUGAUAUCACGGUAGGCAACCCUAUUAGUAACGAACUUGGCGCCAGCAACAACAUUCUACAUACGGCGACGUACACCAGCUUUGGAAAUUUUGGUCCAGUUAGCGAACAUUCUCUAUCGGCGCAACUGUCUGUACAUGGAGAACAGCUUUGUGAUCACUCCACGGAAUCCUCAGCAAGCGGGCCGGAAGAUAGCCUACUAGGGGGAAGAAAUGAAAGCACGCCUAAUUGGCAAUCUAUGUUCGAGCAUGUAGAAUCGUUAUGCUUUGAAGGGGAACCUUGGAAUCCUCCGACGGCUGAUUGGAUUCGUAUGUUUGAGCAGGUCGAAAAGGUCAACUUCGAGGAGGGUUUCAUUGAAAAUGAUUCUGAAUUGGACAAAGUGGUAUCUCUAUUCACAUGUCUGUCAAUUCCAUGACGAUUCCACUAACACCCCCAGACUUCAGAACAAAACCCUCGUGAUCGUGAACAACGAGAAUAUCACCAACUCGUAACUCAAGGGGGUGGUCCUUGCGAUUCGAGUCUAUGAUGACGCCAUAGCACUGCUCCCUUAGCGUUCGGAGGGGAAUUGUGGUCGUUGGUUUUUGUGCCGUCGGUAUUGAUUUGGUGAUUUCUUUCGAUAUCCGCUCAUGGUUUACUGAAGGAGGUUCUUCCAAUUUUGUGGGGUCAGUUGUCGUAUAGGCUGGUAGGAGUGGGGAGGGCUCUUGCGUCAAGUGUUCAGAAUAUGCGGGGGUUCGUGUUUUUACUAUUAUAAUCACUUGAUUCUUUCGAGCAGCAAUACCCUUCGAAAACCAUGUCCAUUUAGGAAUGGUUUUCAUACUAAAGAGUCGCCCUUCAUGACUAUAUUCGUCAACAAUUCCAGGGAGCUUGCUUGGGGUCAGC